GGCCAAACAACCCUGACGUGUAAACAACACAUUUUGGUAAGAUACGUUUCUGCUAGUAGACAGGUCUUAACAUAAUUUGCUAUAUAUCAAUGAUGUGUGGAGGGAGUUUUUGGAGAAAAAGCUCAAGAAAAGUAUGCCGAAAACUAUUGUGGAUUUUUGCAACAUAUGUUUUCAUUGUCAACUGCCUCGAUGGAAAUGAAACUUCCUCGGAGGUACAAGCCAUCCAAGGAUAUCCUACUAUUCUACCUUGUAAUGCGGCUUUUCCUAAUAAGGAUGGUAUCGCUUUAGUUUUAUGGUUUAAAGAAGAUUCUGGUGUUCCCUUUUACAGCUAUGAUGCCCGCUCUGACUCAACUUACAAAACAGCACACUUUUCAGAUGAUCCUCUUGGUUCAAGAGCUCAGUUUUAUUUAAACUCUAGACCUCCAGCUCUCAAGAUCGGAAAAGUUAAGAAAGAUGAUGAGGGAGAAUAUGAGUGUCGAGUAGACUAUCGACGAUCGCGAACUGAAAAAUGGAAAAUAUUUUUGAAUGUCACUGGUAAGAUGUUUCUAUCAAUAAUAUAA